UUCUUUUUCGACACAAUAUUACAACGAAACAUUAUAAACCCAUCCAGUACUGUCUUUCCGAACGUCUUUUCCGCGCAUGUGCUCGACACAUUAUGCACACACAUGAUUGUAUCGAAAACAAGAAAAACUGAAAACGAGACCGAACGUUGAAAAUAUUUCUUGACGACUCAACAGUAUUGUCACAGUUAUUGACUAGCAAAGGGGUUGCAGACCGGUCCGUAAACUACCCCUGAAUCCAAUAUUCCGUCCACUAUUAUGACAGGAAUGACGAUACGGUGGAAAUUAAACAAAUACUCAACAUAAUAACACGAAAAUUAGUUUUUCCACAGUUUUUUGAUUUGGUUUCAAUUCCCCGAAAUUAUACAAUUCAUUUUUGUCGUAUCUGUUAUUGGACUGCUGUUUGUGUAUGGUUUAAAUCGAAAUUAAUUUAAACAAAAAAAAAGUUGAAACGUAAAGGAAUUUCCCGGAUGCAAAGUUAGUUGAAGGAAAAGUGUUUUAUAAUUUUCAUCGAUCGAUUGUUUUUUUUGGGAAACAAAAUUGUGCUUGAAAAUAUGACUGAAAAAGUAAAUUUAAAGUGCUUCGGUUAUGUGGUAAAGCUUUGACAAACAUUUGAAUUUGGUGUGCGAUUAUUCUAAAGAAAUCCCAUUCAUGAUUUUUUAGAUUCCGAUUAUAGAACCGCCAUUCAUAUCAUUCCGUUAACAUGACACCAAGAUUAUUGAAGAAUAAUGACUCACAUCUGAACUACAAUAUAAUAUUGGCCAUAGGGAUUUUCUUCAUACACACCGAAGCACAGCAGAUACCUUUAGUUCGCUUGCCAUCAAAUACACUUUUAAAGUACACAGCGUACAAAGAUGUAUCAAUAUUGCAUUUUAGAAUACCAUCCGAUACGCGAACAGCAUAUUUUAGCUUUAAGGCUUAUGAAGAGAAAAAAAGUGCCUUCCAGAGAGAAUGCACACCCAAAAAUGUUUCAUUGCAUUUGAAAGCUGGCAGCUAUCCGGUUAUAAGUCCGGAAAAUAUCACAUUUCCAAAGCACUUUUUGAAUGCAGCUCAAAGAUUUGACAUCCAAAGUUUACAAUUUCUAUCAGACGGCACCACAAAACGUUUGAGCAUCGAUGGUCCUCAUCCGGGUAAUUGGUUUGCUGUUGCUUUUCUGAGUUGGACCGAUCCAAAUAAUGAUCGCAUCGAGCAGCAAGGAUUGGCGGCAUCCUGUGAAACCCUAUUGCUCUCCGAAAUGGCUGUCACAAGAACAAUGCCCAUUAUGUUGAAUGAGGGCACUUUGUACAAUAAUACACUUGUAAGCAACGUCUCCGAACCAAUUAAUUAUAAAUUCUUUGUUCCGAGAAGUGUGGACUACAUUACAUUGAGGAUAGUUGUUCAAAGCAUCUGCAUGGAUUGUACCGAAAUUAGUGUGUACAUUCAAGCGAAUGGACUGCCGAACAUUGACAACUAUAUGCAAAGGGCCAUUGUGCAUGCAAAUCAGACGAACGAGUUGUCGAUGGACUUUUAUCCGCAGCAAAAUAGUUGGCACUACAUCGAUGUGAAUUUUAUGUAUGAUGAUGACCAUCUCAAAAACGUUACCGCCGACAAUGAAACCGUUCAUGCGGUCGAUUUCGGUUUAAUGAUCACCCACGAAAUGGAUGAGGACAAUAUGGUGAUACCAGUGACCAAAAUUCCUGUGCGACGAAAUUUCGAAUAUUACGAACUGUUACGGCAAACGUAUCGAGAGUUCUUCAUGUUCGACUAUGACCUGUUGCCGGAUGUGAACGGAACGGUUCCGGCAUUUCUAAAUCUGACUGGCGGCACACCGGCUGCAUUUCAAUUUGUUGUUGGUGAUGUGUAUGAUAUUGGUGGUACGCUAAGCUUUGCCGUUGCGAUGAAAGACACGAUCAAAGAGAGUAUUUUCGAAAAACCAAUAACUAGCGGUGCUAUUGCUGAAAAGCUCGUAGAUAGUAGUAGCAUAGACUCGAAACAACAAUUAGUUAGAAGUAAUCAAACAAUAAUUAUCUGUAUGCGAUUAGAGGAGCCGGGAAUACCGACCUGGCCGGAUAAGUGCACGUAUGGUAGAACCGAACUGCCGGCAGCUAGCAUUGUUAACAACACAAACGAAGACACUAGCACGGGAUUGAUUCAUGUACCGUUUCCGGAAUCGGGUAAAUGGUUUGUCACAAUGGGACUAUUCUGUCACGGAGCUGAGACAGCUACAAAGAGUACAAUCAUCGAUAGCGUUAAAGAGUUUAUUCUUAAGCAUGUUAAACUGUUGGACACCCUUAAAGCUCCGUGUGCCUGCAGGAAUCAAAGCGAAUUUUAUAAAUUUUGUAUCAACGACAAGGAUUGUCUGGCGGGAAUGAACGAAACGGAAACGUUAAAAGUCAAAGAAUGUUUUAUGGACUCGAAAUGUACGAAAAACUAUGAAGACAUCGCAAAACAAUUCGAUUUGCAUCACAAACUCGCAACCGAGCAAACUGUGGCUAGUGAUUCGUCGUGCAAUGCGAGCGUUGUGUUUACGAUAUCGUCCAGCCCGUGUGUGGCCGGUCGAUGUGGACGGUAUGGACGUUGCUAUCAUUAUAUGUCCGGUGGAUUUGUAUUUUCGACAUGCUUAUGCAUAAAGGGCUAUCGCGGCUGGGACUGCACGGAGGACAGUCAAGUACCAUCAAGUUUUUCCAUUUUAAUUGCAUUACUCCUACUAACCUUAAGCAAUUUGCUAUUCAUCCCCUCCAUUUAUUUCGGCAUACGGCGAAAGUAUUACACCGAGUCGGUCAUCUACUUUUUCGCCAUGUUCUUUUCCAUAUUCUAUCAUGCGUGUGAUUCGGGCGAAGAUGAGUACGGCUUCUGUUUGGUGAAAAUCGGAGUCUUACAAUUUUGUGACUUCUACUGUGGUCUGUUAGCUAUUUGGGUCACCCUAAUUGCGAUGGCACAUAUUCGCCAAACAUUCGUGUCGCUGUUGCAUAUUGGUGGUGCCAUUCUUCUAGCAUUCGGUACAGAAUUGAACAAACAGUCAUUGUGGGUGUUCCUGGCACCGGCGCUAACUGGACUGUGCAUCAUAUCGGUUAGCUGGGGAUGGAAAUGUCGUCGAACUGGUAAAUGGUUUCCAGCUCGGAAAUAUUUGGCCAUUUUUCUGCCCAUCGGUAUGGUGCUCGUUAUGGUCGGCUUGGUAUGCUAUGCGUUUCUCCAAACACGGCAAAAUUAUCAUAUUGUACAUUCCAUUUGGCAUAUGGUUAUGGCAAUGAGUAUACUAUGCCUUUUGCCUAGCAACAAGUCAUUUCUGCCGAAAUGCUAGCAGCGGCUGUGUGCACGGUCCAAUUAUAAAUUUUAUUUAUUUCAAAAUUAAUUUAAAUUUUCACAAUGAUUUUCUCUCGUUUUAUUGUUUGAAUGAAAAUUAUGGGGAAAACUAUACAUUAUAUACACGGUCGCUGUUCAUGAAAGCCUUAAAAUAAAUUUAGUCGACUGAUUUUGUCAAAACGUGUGUUUGUUUAUGAUUUUGUUUUUAAUAAAAUCGCGUGAAAGAUAGACGGUAAAAUAAAUAAAAUUGAUAAAUUUAAUCAACCGAAAACCACAGAGCCGACGAACAAAGAAACAAAAGAGAUGAAAACAAAAAACACACAACAUUCGU